CUGUACUCAUACUGAAUUUAUGUAAUCCAUAUCCAAAUGAACUAUUAUAAUUUAUAAAUUGUUCAAAAAGUUCUGAAAAUCGUCGUCCAAGACCAAUAAUAAACAAUAACUUUCGAGCUUGGCCCAUGGAGGGGAAGGAGUUGCCUCGGAGGAAGCCUCGCAGGUGGGGACCGAGGCAGAGGACCGAGGUCAGAAGGUCCUCUGGAACCCAAAUCCCCGUGGCAGAGGUAGCCACUCUGUUCCGCUGUGGCAAGUGUCUGGUAGCGCCCAUCAAGCCCCCGGUGUUCACUUGCAGAAACGGCCAUCUCAACUGUGCUAACUGCUAUCAUGCACUCAAUAGAGACUGCUACAAAUGCAAAGAGCCUCUACUUGGUCGCAACCAUGUUCUGGAGGAUGUCAUGCGGAGUCUUCCCAUUGAGACUUGCUCGGCUCUGUCAGACUGUAACGUCUCUCUGAGGGAGUCCAGAAGUGAGCAGAGUCUCAGGCUGAGCCUCCAGGACCCGGAACUUCUGGAGAAGCUGGAGUUGGCCCGCAAGGAGGCGGAGGUCCAAGAUAAAAAGAAAUUUGAGACCAAGAAAUCUCCUGAGAGCCGAUAUCUGCAUUUGACUGAACUUGGAAGUUCUUCAACUAGUUGCAGCAGCACCGCGAGUUUGAACUCAUUGCAGAUUAGGUCGUCUUCGCGACCAAUAACUUGCCCGUUUCCUUGUGAUCGCAUCGUCACCUGCUCUGGACUUGUACCUCACUUCGAGUUCUACCAUCCCCAAGUUCUGCUGCACUCUAAAGUCAACAAGAAUUGUGACGUUGAGGUCAAAAUAUCUUACGAUGACGUCAAACUGACAGACGAAGACGAAGGGAGGUGUAUCAUCUUCUUUGUGGUGAAACUUGCCGAUAAUGGGGAUGAAGAGGAUGACUUAAGUAAGUCUGCAGAUCUACUCCGCGUGGCCCGUAACUCCCAGGAGAUGGUCCGGAGAGGUUACUUCGUCGCACUACUCUCCGCCGGGCUCCUCCCCAGCGGUCUGGGAGACUCCCGUGUUCUGGCUGUCUGGGUGUCUGCUCUGUAUGACUUCGCCCCCGUCACCUACACACUGCGGGUCUCAGAUGUGGAGGGAACACACAGCUUCUCCUUCCAAGGACUCCCGAGUUCUCUCCACAAAGAUCAACGACCCAAAGAAGUUUACCAGAGAGGGGAUUGCCUGACAGUUCCUGCAGCUCUGCUUCACGACUUCCACAGUGCCGGCCAGAACCUGGACCUUACUGUCGCCUUCCACUCGGACCUUCCCUUCCCCUUUGUACCCACAUCCUCCCGUGCCCCAUGGGUCCCGGACACCCAGGGGCUCAUCCUUUGAUUUGGCUCGUGAAAAUCUUGUGUCAAUAAAUUGUUGUACCUUCGUCA